GAGUUUUAAGGAUUGAAACAAUAGGAUUCAAAUAAUAAAAAGGCUGAAGUUUGUGGAGAAUUUAAAUAUUCUCAAGAAGGUAUUUGCAGAACACAUCUACAUACUCAAGAUUUCAGAUCUUGAUAUCUUUUGUUAAAUAUUUAGAUGGCGGAGCAAUAGGUGCUCUAUUUGGUAGAAAUAUUGAAAGGAUUCAGAAUCAGAAAAUUGAAGAAAAUAUCAAUUAAAAAGAUACUCCUGGGCUCUUUGAUUUCUGAUAAAUUAGCAAAAAAGAUAAAGUAAAAUUUCAAUCCUUACCAAAUCAACGGCAUUAAUAUUUGCCAUUCCAGUAUUCCAUCAACAAGGAGUGCUCAUAAGUGCUAAAGUAAGAUUAGGACCCAAAAUCCCAAAAUCUCCAAAACUCCCAUAAAAAUCCAUAAUCCCUCUAAAUACCCAAAGUAUACCUUAAGCCCCCUCUAGGAAUUCUCAGCUACCCAGUCAUCUCCCACAUACCGAUUUCCUUAUUCCCAAAUCUCAUGGGUUUCCUCUUUUCCACAGUCAUUCCUUCAUGACAAAGCAUAUCCCCUCUCUAAGACCAGAGCCAGGCAAGCCUGGCUCUGGUCCUCAUAAUUAUUGGAUGAGCUGACUUCAGGAAGUCUUGAGUGGAAAUUAGGCAAUUCUCUGAACACGUUUUGGGAAAUCCUCCUGUGAAGUCUGGAAUUUUAGGGGAGGGAAUGGGACCUGAGUGGGAGGAAUAGGGGCUAGAAUGGGGAAAGUGAGGUUUUGGGGGUUUUGAGUUUUUUUGGAUUUUAAAAAUAUUUUGAGUGAAGCCUGUCACCAUACGCCUGAAAUUUAGGAAAUUAAGUUUACUUUGGAGGUGAAGAUGCUGAAUCGGGAGGAUGAAGAAGCUUGGUUAUUGACUACAUAAGAUCUUUGAAUGUUGUAGUUAAGCAGAUAAGGUUAUUUACUAAAAUGUUUGAAAGAUUAGAAUAAUUUGAUUUUUCGAUAUUUUUCAAU